AUGGCAUCAGUGGUUCAGCACGGCCGACGGAGAGGAGCCAGUAAAAGUGCUGAGGGAGCCAGCAGGAUGGUCCAGCCACCAGAUCUCCGACAAGUCACUGUCUUAAGCAGGGCUGAAUGGCAGAGGAUUAAAGAUGAACUGAACCAAGUGAACAAAGACGAUGAGACACUGAGAGAGGCAAUAGAAGAGAGGGAGGCCCUGCACCUGCGAUCCAAAGAGGUGGUGAAACUGUGGUCCAAUACCAUCGCUGGUCAAAGGCAGAAGAAGCUGGAGGCAAAGAAGAUUCGGGAGGAGAUUGAAGAGGAGAAAAGGAAAUUGACUGAUAUAGAAGAGGCCAAAUAUCAGGAGGAAAUGCGGAGAGAGGCUGUUGAACAAGCCAAAAAACAGCUGUAUAAUCAAACCGACCGAGUCAGAGGGUUACACCGUGCGCUCUUGCUGACUGAAGUGAUGAAGGAGAGGGAGGCCCAGAUUCAGCUGAAGCAGAGAAUAAAGAGUGCCUCUAAAUAUGUGGACAGAGAUUUCCUGGAGACAGUGAAGGCCAAAGAGGAUGAAGCUUUGAGACGGGAGCAGGAGAAAGCUCUCCAGAACAAGCUCAAAUGUCAGGCUGUGGCAGAGGACCUGAAAAACCAGAUGAAGGACAGCGAGCUGGCAAAAGAGCGACACAAGCUGGAGACGAGGAAGGACGCGGAGGAAAUCAAACACCUCGAAGAGAUCUAUCAGUGGGAGAGAAGAAUGGAGGAGGAACAGAGGGAAAAGCAGAAGAAAGACCUUAUGAAAGCUCACCUGGAGCAUCUCAUGAACAGAGACAUCAUUAAGUCUACAAACGCACAAAAAGAGGAGGUGGAGGAUGAAAGAAGAAAACUUUUUCUCUCCGCAAAGCAAAAAAUGACGAUGUUAAGGAAAAAAAAAGAAAAGGAGUUGUUGAGCGAGGCCCAGAUGCGCAGAGAGCAAACCCUAACCAAACUGGCAGUCAAACAGCAGGAGCAACUGGACAGCGAGGAGCAGAGAAUCGCCAAGGCCGUGGAUGAGCGGGAUGCAAAACAGGCACAGAAGCAGAGGGACAAGGAGGAGAAGAGGAUUGCGAUGUUGGAGUCGAUUGCUGCACACAGAGAACGCAUGAUUCGAGAAAAGGAGCAGAGGGAGAAGAUUACACAACAGACCACUCGAGACACGCUUCAGGCUAAGAGAGAGGGCGACAAAAUAUUUUAUGAGAAACAACAACUGAGGGCUCAGAGGAUGAGAGAAGAUGCAAGAAAAUUACAACGGUUCCAUGCCGCACAAAUGGCUGAAAAAAGCGCCAGGCAUCAUCAGCUGAGAAGUGAGGAAUACAUGUUUGAAGUGAAAAACGCAGAAGCCAUCACUGAAGAGGAAAACCAGUUUCAGCUGUAUUCACGGGACGUCAUCAACGCAGCAGCAGAGGCUCAGCGAAAUGUGUUUCCACUGUGCAAAGCUGCGAGGGAAGGGAUCGGAGGGGGGCUCGGCCCCAAUCUUGGGGGAGCGGGGCCUAGCUACCUUGCUCAGGACAGUACUGGUGCUCAAAUGCCCCAAUAUGUCUCCAGCACCACCCAGAACAUUAAAAAAAUUCACGAGGUUGUAGACAUUGAAGAUGCAAAGAAGAGACUUGGAUUUACAUGGUGA